GCGCCAAAUAGCGGUCUUUUUUCCCCUGAUCAUAUAAUGUAUAUUUAUAUAAGAUCAAAAAUAGUAUCUAUAUAACUCUUAAAAGUGUAUCUAUAAGUUUUAUAUACUAUAUAUACUGCAUAUACUCUACAGAAUAGUUAGAUAAGAAAGCAGGCUUACACACCCGCUAGUGUUCUACCUAGCUAGCAGAACGCAGCCCUGAAUGUCGUCACUUCCGGUUGCGAGACAUGUCUGAAUCUCCAUCUUCACAUUGUGCUGUUAGUGAAGCUAGCACUCCGGGUUCAGGUGAAGUAUUAGCGCAGGAAGAAGAUCCUGAAGGUUUUGCAGAUUUAUCCGAGCUGCCUGUUGAAGUUAGCGAGAGGAGACCGACUUGUUUACGAUGCUGCCGUCCGGUGAAGGUGUGUCUGUGUCCGUUUCUCCCCGCCGAGCCGCUGGACGUCUCCACCUGCCUGUACAUCGUUCAGCAUCCUGCAGAGGAGAGUCGAGUGCUCCGUACCGUCCCCCUGCUGGCCGCCUGCUUACCUAAAGGCAAAUGUAAAGUCCUGAUUGGAAGACGGUUUAGCGAAGAGAGACAUGCCGAGUUAGCGGCCGUGUGCAGAGACGCGCACACCCUCGUCCUGUAUCCCGGAUCCGACGCCGAAAACCUGGAGGACAUGGACGUGGACUUCACCGCGACUCCUCACAACGUCAUUAUUAUAGACGGCACGUGGAGCCAAGCCAAGGACAUGUUCCUCAGAAACGCUCUGUUCCACUUACCCAAACAGGUGCAGUUAAACAGCGCCCCCUCCAGUCAGUACGUGAUCCGCACUCAGCCCACCAACAUGUGCCUGUCCACACUCGAGUGUGCUGCUGUCACUCUGUCCAUCAUGGAGAAAAACCAAGCCAUACAGGAGGUUCUCCUGAGGCCUCUGCGAGCUCUGUGUUCGUUCCAGCUGCAGCACGGUGCUCAGGUUCACCACAGCAAAGAGCAUCUGCUGAAGAGCGGCCUGUACGACAAACCCCUGCCCAAAAACAAGCGCAAGAUCAAGAGGAUGCAGAAACUCAUCACCAACCAGGACGUCUGAGUACCACCAGGACGUCCGACUAUCAGACAGCGACCAGGACGUCCGACUAUCAGACAACGACCAGGACGUCCGACUAUCAGACAACGACCAGGACGUCCAAAUAUUCACCUAUGACCAGGACGUCUGACUGUCCGAUUAUGACCAGAACGUCUGAAUAUCCGACUGCAACUGGGACGUCCGAAUAUCUGAUUACAGCCAGAAUGUCUGACUGUCCAACUACAACUGGGACGUCCAACUAUCCGCCUACAACCAGAACAUCCGAAUAUCCGAUUACGACCAGAACGUCUGACUAUCCGACUGCAACCGGGACGUCCAACUGUCCACAUACGACCGGGACGUCCGACUAUCCGACUACGACCGGGACGUCUCACUGUCCGAUUAUGACCAGAACAUCUGACUAUCCGACUGGAACUGGGACGUCCGAAUAUCUGAUUACAGCCAGAACGUCUGACUGUCCAACUACAACUGGGACGUCCAACUAUCAGACUACGACCAGAACGUCUGACUAUCUGACUACGACCAGGACAUCCAACUAUCCGACUACGACUGGGACGUCUCACUGUCCGACUAUGACCGGGACGUAUGAUGUAUGAUUGACUCCGACCCCCGGAGCAGAAAUGUUCCCUAGAUUUUUAAAUAUUUAACUUGUGUAGGUUUCUUUUUGUUAAGCGAUGAGAUGUUAAUGGAGGUUUUGUUUACUGCUGGAACACUAAACUACAGAGUUAUUCACUGGCAACAUCUGGAUCUGAAGUUAAAUGCUGGAAAAACCUUUCACUGAAGGUCCACGGAAGGCUUUUUGUAUCUUUAAGCGCUGAGAUCAGAUUUCAGUGCUGUUUCGUUGUAGUGUUUUCCCUCAUGAACGUUGCCGAUGUAUCAGUAAAUCCAGUCUGUGUGACGGUUAAAUCUUUUGCUGUCUCAUAUUUUUAAAAAUACACACUCUGUUCUGACACCAGCUGGUCUUAAUGUAACUAAAACUUGCUGCUUCUGUGGAUUGUGUUUCUCUCUGUUGUGUUCUUAAAGACUGUUUUUUUAAAGAGUAGAAUUUAACAUCAUUUUGGUGAAUUUUCCUGAAAUAAAUGAUUUUAUAAGGA